CUAAGAUGCUGACAUGGAGAAUUUGUCUAACAAUCAAGAGCUUCUUUAGUCAGUGAUCAGCUCCUUUAUUCUCCUGACCUUAAUGUUUGAUUCAGGGGGGAUAUGGAUCUUGAUGAAGAAUUUCAGAAGAAAAGAGAUUUUGUGGAGGAGUACACACCACUUACCAAGGAGACAUAUAGGGAUCUUGUUGAAGAAUUUCAGAAGAAAAGAGAUUUUGUGGAAGAGUACACACCACUUACCAAGGAGACAUAUGGGAACUUCACCAAAAUGGUACACAGUCAGCAACGUGUUGCAUUAGCAGUGAAUGAUUUUAGUUCUGGCAUCAUGACAGCAUCUGCUGGUGAUGAUAAUAGUACCAAGGAAUUGAAAGGGAGUUUUGUGACUUUUUCAAGUGCACUAAAUGGUGUCAAGGAAUCACUGGAUGUUAUGUCCACUAAUGAUGACAACACAUUAGGUUUUACUUUAGAACUUUAUUCCAGAUACAUGGAUGCUGCCAAGGAGAUGCAUUUCCAUCGUACAUGUAAACUAGUUGAGUAUGAGAACGCAACAAAAGCACUGGAAAAAGCCAAACCCAAGAACCAAAAACAAAUGAUCCGUUACGUCUCAUCCAGUAUGCUGAAUCGCGGUUAAAGAAUGGAAGAGAUACCUAUGCCAUUUUGGCCAAAUUAUUGAAUGACAUGAAAAAAACUGCUUAAUCAAUGAGCACCAAAAUGGAGACAUAAUUUUCACUUUAGACGUUGUCUCUAACCAGAGAUAUUUAACCUAAAUGUAUUUGUUGUUUUCAAUUAAUUGGUAACAGGACUUCUUAUUAUUCAAUUCUUUCUGUAAUCAUACUCGUGAUUGACAAAUUGGUGUCCCGCUUCGCAGUCGUCCAAUUUUGUCAAUCAUGAGUAUGAUAGCAACAGACCUAAUUAGACUCCACUCAGUUCUAUUACCAUUGUAACUUGGCUGGAAAUGGUGGCAAAAAUCUAGCAAUGACUUGAAAUUUAAUCAGCAUAUAUUUGAUGACAAAAAGAAACUUUUCAAUUUUGUGAAGGCUACCAGCCUUGAAUCAAGGCUCCAGAACAUUCAAUAAACACUUAACAUGUUGAAUUUUCAACUUUAUGUUUUUUCAUGCAGAUCACCUUUAUACUAAAGAGUGAAUUAAUUUCUUCACAUCUUUUUAUAAAAUAAUAUUUUUAUUAAUUCUGAAUGAGUGGGUUUCAAAUAUGCAAAGUUUUAUACAUACUUCCACAGUAACAGCCAUUAUGGAUAAAAAAAUUUCCUUUUCAAUCCUCUGAAAAGUACCAACCAAAAAAUUGAUUUCCUUUGUAUUGAAAAGCUUUUGUAAUUCGUAUUAGAUAUAGCGAUGGUAGGUUUUUGUUUGAAUAACUUUCGAAUUACCUGUAAAGGCAGAACUUGACAUUUUCAGUUGACUUACGUGCGAAUAUACUUCUUAUUCUAGUGAAAAAUGUUUUCCCAGUGUAAUUAUUUGUUUUAACUUAGAAUGGGCCAUAUACAACGCCACUUGUCGUUUCAGCUUUACCAAAGCUCUCGCAUCUC